UUUUCUCUCUCCGUAGACUUGACUUGACUUGGUAAUCAAGAAAAUAAAUAUUACGACUACUAUUUAAUAAACACCCAAAUCCUUUAAUCACAAACACAAACACAAACACACUGAUCCAAAAACAAUUGUGAAAGAAGCUAUCUUUCUCACACUUAUCUUCAACAAUAUGGAGUUUCUGAGUUCAUUGAAGAAAGAAGACAUUUUAGAGGUUCUCUCUCAUGGCUUUUGUGACAACUGUGAGGAUCUUAUCCAUCAUAGAAUUCGACUCUUUCAUAAAAGAAAGUAUAGUGAGAGUUCCUAUUCCGGUGAAGAUUUGGAAGAAGUUGGAGAAUCUUUCAAUGGAAGAAUUGAAAAACAAUGGAAAAGACCUAGGAACUUUUUACAAAAACAUGAUUCUACUCAUACAAUGAGAGAUAACAAACACAACUUUGAUUCUUCAUAUAAGUAUCUGAAGGAAUUUAAGCAAUCUGAUACUGAAUUGUUGUUAAAUGAUGGAAUUGUUGAUGUUUCUUCGCUUGAAACCGAGUCGUCGGACGAACAAAAGGAGCGUAUAAGGUAUAAUGAAGUUCAAAGCAAAACAGAUUUUUACUUCAUUGAAAGGUUAAAUGGGAGAGACAUAAAUGUGCUACAAGGUCUUGAACUUCAUACUGGUGUUUUCAAUGCUGCUGAGCAGAACAAAAUUGUUGAGUAUAUUUACAGAUUGCAAUGGAGAGGACAACAAGGAAAACUUAGAGAUAAAACAUAUUCAAAACCAAGAAAGUGGAUGCGAGGUAAAGGACGUGAAACCUUACAAUUUGGCUGCUGUUACAAUUAUGCAGUGGACAAACAUGGCAACCCUCCUGGUAUAAGUAGAACUGAAAAGGUUGAUCCAUUACCACAUUUGUUCAAGCAAAUGAUAAAGAGGAUGGUUAGAUGGAAUAUAGUUCCUUCAACAUGUGUUCCAGAUAGUUGCAUAGUGAACAUAUAUGAUGUAGGGGACUGCAUUCCUCCGCAUAUUGAUCAUCAUGAUUUUGUCAGACCAUUUUAUACCUUGUCAUUCUUAAAUGAAUGUGACAUAUUAUUCGGUUCACGUUUGAAAGUCAUUCGUCCCGGCGAGUUUUCGGGGCCUGUUUCGAUUCCCCUGCCUGUUGGGUCAGUGUUUGUUUUCAAUGGUAAUGGAGCAGACAUAGCUAAACAUUGUAUUCCAUCUGUGUCAUCAAAAAGGAUUUCUAUUACCUUUAGAAAGAUGGAUAAUAGCAAGUUACCAUAUAAUUUUUCACCUGAUCCUGAGCUAGUGGCAAUUAAGCAACUUAUCAAUUCACCUCUAAACAAACUAUCAAGGAAUUCAGAUACUCAAAUAGAGCCUGCUGAGAGUGCUGAAUCUAAAUCUGAAUCUAAAUCUGAAUCUAAUAGGUUUUGGAAGACUAGAAAGGAAUGGUCUCGUGUCGAAGAUGAAUAUCCUCCACAUAUUAAUGGUAGCUUUAGAAAAUCGAAAACCAGCGAAUUUGGAGGCAGGGCAAGGCAUUAAGUUCACUAGAGUUGCUCUUCACUUUCUUAUUGUAAAUAUCUUUAUCUAUUGUAAAAAAAGUUAUUUCAAUGACACGUGACAGAAUUUCACACAUUUAUUUUCUAUUAGAAUUUUUAUCACAUUCGUGCAAUAUUGUUAAUAUAGUAAAACCAUUGUUUAUGUUUUUCAGAUUUAGCUUUUGUGGUAAUAUUAACGUAGUAUGAAACAAAUGAAUAGUGUGCUUCUUGCAAA